ACAUCUACCGUCCUGUAUAAAUAUGUAGGCUAUCUCUCCCCUUCUUUUCUUCGUAUACGUCAUGUUAUGUUCCUCGAGAUCUCUGCACCUCUAUGGCCCAUUUGUUUUGCAAGUGCCGUAAAACUCUUACAAAAAGUAGACCUAAAUAAGCUGAAAAGCCUAGGUACUUCGAGUUCAAGUCAAAAUUGCUUUCACUUUCACAUUCACUCUUUUUCCGAUUCGCUACAAUGUAUGAUGAUAUUCCAAGAUCCCUCAUACUCAUUGCUCAUGCCCAUGUCCUAUUUUAGUUUUAGAAACAUUAUUGUUGUAGAGGAUGACUGUGACAUUGAACUUAGAAGGGCGCUCUAAAUAUAAAUACUAUAUUUUUUUUUAUGUGUGGCCAAACUCGAAAGCAUAAAUUCUUCCUGGACCGACCAAAAGGCAUUAUCCCCGACGACAAAAUAAUAUCUUAUGUUGAGAAUUUUUUUUUUUACUUUUAACUUUGUGCCGUGAUCACAGCUAGGCUAUUGAAAAAGUUUUAAUCCUAAUUUUGGAACCAUGCCAAGGGGCGCUACUCUAAUUACGUGGUUAUUUUUGUUUAGGCUAGCCUAACUGAGACACUGCAUCUUCCGCGAUUCUUUUCACAGGCUAGAAAAUCUAAGCGGGGGUGAAAAAAGGCAGUCUCUGUUGUCGCCUUUCAGAAGGUGUCCCUUCAUGACUCAAAAGAUAUCAUAGAUUUGGCAGUUUUUUUGAUGUUGCCAGUACUUCCCAGAGCAAGAAUAUGGGGAACGCACUGAGCGAAAGCGACGAAGAAGGCAGGAUGGAAGCUCCGAAUGAUCCUGAGGAUGACACAUCAGAUGGGGAGGACAACAGUGAUGGUGACAGUAAACCUGCAACAGACCUUUGCUACCUGUUCACAGACCAGUCAUCACUGCGUGUCGCUGCCACCAAAGUCAAAGAGAAGUUUCCGGAAGUGGCGCUUCUGCUCUACAAUUCUCAGAUCAUCCAGUGGCUGGAGAGUAGAGCUGAUAUCUACGAGGACAGCAUCACCCAGGCCCAAUUCUGUGACAUGCUGAUUGGACUUGGGGUGGAGAGGGCAGAGGCUAUUAAGGCCUUCCACCAGUUUGACUCAGAUGGCAGUGGCGUGGCGGAAGUGGCUGCCAUGAUUGAGGCGGUGGCGGAGUACUCAAACCGCUCAGCUCUCGGGGAGCUGGGCAAGUCUAUCCGCACACUGCAGUCGUGUGCCCUCACGCCAGGUUUUGUAGAUGUAUAUGCUGGCUCCUCACAUCCUGUAAACAAACACGGCAGCUGUAUUCUCAAGUAUUUGCUGCGCAAUAGAGCGGAAAGUGCUUCACUGCCAUUCCCGUUCCUCAACACCUUCAACAACACAUUCAUCAUGCGCUCAGUGGUGCUCAAGAACUUGCUCAAUGCGGCCAAGGACGACUUGAAGGAGAACGAGCUGGAGGGGGACAUCAAUGACUUUGAGAAGAAGACCAUCCACAACUGCUACCAGAGCCUAGAGGUCUCCUCCAAUGCCUCUGAGUCAAACCUUUCACGGCAUGGACGACAGGGUACCAUGUUUUGGCAAUCAGAUGGUGCUGCUAGAUCCCAUUUUAUACGUUUGCGCAUCAAGCCCAAUGUGGUGUUGAAGACAUUGUCCAUCGGUGUUAUGGCCACUGACCAGAGCUACAUGCCCGAGCUAGUCACAGUGUCUGUGGGUCAGUCAGUGGGAAACCUUCGAGAGAUCAAUGAGGUCAAGGUUGACAGCCAUGCAACUGGACAAGUCGUCGUGCUCAGAAACAUGAAGACGUACUAUCCAUAUGUGCAAAUCAACAUCAAACGUUGCCAUGGUGAGGGAUGUGACACCAGGAUACAUGGGGUCAAGGCUGUUGGGUUCAAACUUGUGAAGGAGGCUGGCAUCUCUGUACUGGACGCCUCAGCACUGUGGUACCUUCAGAUGCUCACUACCACAGUCUCCGUGAACUUGGUACAGUCUCCAGCACUACGAACUAUGCUACUGGAGCACACCAAGAAAGCACUGGAGCACAUGCCUCCCCUGGUGCUGAGCUCAAUGAGCAGCUCUCGGCCAGCCUUCCUCAGCAAGCAUGUGCUGCACGAGCUUGAGGUUUUUGCAGAAACACUGUCACAAAGCACAGAGAAUCCAGAUCAGCUGACUGUGGAUGGCCUUCAGGUACUCUUGGCCUUGAACUUUGCUCGAGGGAGUGUGGCUGGUCUCAUCCGCAUGCUUCACAGGUUCAAAGAGUUGCCUAGUGUGAGCCUUCCCUGUGCUGAGCUGCUGUCCAAGGCCAUGAUAAAUAGGAACACUUGCUGGGAGAGCUUAGGUACCCCAAUCUCUGUGUCUCUCUUGGCUUCCGAUGGAGGUGAGGGGUCGGCCAAUCUGGGGCCUGAGGUUGUCAUCGAAUCCUUCAGUGCCAGCUCUGGGAAGACUGCCUCUAGUAGUCCCAAUAGAGCAUAUGUGACGGAUGAAGGGGUCACCAAAUGCACCAUGAUCUUCAAAUCAGAAGAAAAUGUCAAACUCACCAAGAUCAAAAUUCAGGUUUCCCCUGGCAACAAGGGUGCCCGCCACGGACUGGUCUUUGUCUAUAACCCAGACACCAUCCCAGAACUGAGUGAGAAGUUUGACAAAGAGGAGCACAUGAACUUCUUCAGCAAGUACGAUUUCUGGAGGUCCAAGGAAUUUGAGUUCAGCAUUGGCUACAGGAAGGCUGGUCUGGGAGGCAUGCCGGACAACCCUGUGGCCUACUUCAGAUUUGAUAAUGACUGUGAUAUGCUUGAUGUGCCGGUCAGCUGGGAUGCUGUUGGCCAGUACCUCCUGGUAAAGUUUCUGGAGCCUCGGCAUGAGUCGGCCACUCGGCUAGGUAUCGUGUCGGUGCGCUUUUCUGGCAUCAGUCGUCAGGCUGCCAUGAUCAACAGACUUGAGAAGCCGCUGGCCAUGCCUGACCCUGCCAAGAAGAGUACCUGUGAUCUGCCGGAGAUCAUGGCGACAGUGCUGACCUUCAUCACAGACCUGGCCACUGAUCAGGUGCGGCGUCGGAGCAUGUUCCGGCCUCAGUUUGAGUUCCUUGACCUGUCAGAUCUGGAUGCCACAUCCCUGUGGGAGCUACACCUGGCCUGUGAGGAGAGGCUUAAAGAGGAGGGUCUCAGCACCAAGGUGUUCAACCAGUGGCAGAGAUCAUCAAUGCUACUGCUGCAGCUGAUCCAUGGUCUCAUUCCUGUUCUGGCAUCCAGCAAAGCCACAUCAGAGGCCAGUCGGGACGCUUUGUUCCAACAGCUGUGUGAGAUUGUCAACACCCAGUCGGAGGUUGAGGUCACACCAGCAACAGCAAGUAGCAUCACUUACGUGGACAAACUCAACAUGAUUCGGCAGAUCAUUAUUGAUGGUGCUCCGCUUUUCUUCCCUGAGAAGACAAAGAAACGUGACGAGCUGUUCAAGUUGAUGAAGACUGAGAUACACACGCACACCUUUACCUGCUCAUUCUCACAUACACACAAGUACACUCAAACUCCCAAAUCUAUGGAGACUGACUUUUCUGACCAGUCUAGCCAGCCCAGCAUGUCCCUAGUGUUCCAGUCUCUGUGUCAGUUUUUCAGCUCUGUUGACCCCAAGGGCCUGCUGGACCUACCAAGCAAGACUGCCACGAACCUAUGUGCUGCCAACACACUCGACAUGAUGCGAUCUCUACUGGUGGUAGCCACCCAGGAGCAAGAGGGCCUUCACCUGACCUCCCACACUCACCGACGACAGCCCACACCCACUACACCCAGCACUCCCACAGCUACUGUGACAACAUCGGAGAUUCCGGCAGCCUCCCCUGCCACAACCACCACAGCAACAACAACAUCUGUUCCUGCAUCAGUCACCACGGCAACAGCAACGACCAGCACAGCAGCAACAAUGUCGGAUCUCACCUCGUCCACCUGUCCCCCUCCCACUACAACCACCUCUGCCCCUCCUACAACAAACGCCUGUACCCCUUCUUCAACUCCCCUCCCUGCUUCACCGGACGUCAAAACACAGCUGUCCAAAGAUCUUCCAGAACGUUCUCCAGAGUCCCCCUGUUCAGCUCCUUUGAAGGCUGUCGGGGCGGGGGUGGGGGAAGGUGAGGGCACUGCCACGGGAGCAAAGACCUCGGAGGUGGUCAAGCCUGUGUCGGAGAGUGGCCCACAGAUGACCUACUUGGUACGGCUGACGGCCUCGCUCCAGACAGCCCUCUUCUCCUGGUGCUGGCAACAGUUGGAGGCGACGGUGCCGCAGGAGGAGGAAAAGUUUUACAACUUUGUCAACGACAUCAUCGUCACUUACUCUUGUGAAGUGGCAGGGAAAGCAAAUCAGUACUUUGAGAAGUUCAAAUCUAUGUCUUUCAAUGAAGUGAAGGCUGAGUCUGAUGCAGAAGAACCAUCCUUCCUCUUCAUCCUAGUCCGGCAAAUGAUGCUAUUACUGUCUAGUGUUGUUGACCACCUAAAUAUGUCAAGCAAGGUGCGUCUGCUGCACGACCUAAAACCACUGAUCACCGCAGUUACCGAGGUGGCCAGGAACAACCCGGAGCUUUUCUGUGAUAUCUGUUCCACGUGCUGGGACAACCUUGAGACGGAGGAGACAACCUUGAGGACCUGGGAGGUGGAGUCACCGCAUGAUUACCACAACCACUCAAACAUCAACCAGACAUUCCACUGUCCCGGGGCCUCGAAACUGCUGGUGGAGUUUGACCCGCGCUGUGAGACGGAGCGGCGCUAUGACUACUUAGAGUUUGCUGAUGCACGAGGCCUGAAGUUGCGGUUUGACGAGAAGGUGGGCACUGGACGCUGGCCUCGCAAAGUGACCUUCAGUGGGCCUUACGUCCUCUUCUCCUUCCACAGUGACAGCAGCAACACGGACUGGGGAUACAAGUUUACCGUAACGGCAAAAGGUGACCCAGAUGUGCCCUUGUCCUGGCUCUCUGACCUUCACCUCUCUGUGGUUAAGCUCCUUGGACAGCUGUCUGGUGCAACUCUCAGCUCCAACCCAAUCAUGCUGUACGAGAACCCAGGCCCUACUGAGGACCUAGUUGAUCAGGAUAUUCUCCGCAGUGAGCUUUGGACCUCUUUGUUCCGCGGGGGAUACAUCGUCGGCAAACUGCAACGCUCGCUCUCUGGGAAAUUUGCAACGGGAGAUGAGAGCCGAGUGAGCUCUUUCCUGUUGGAGGUGCUGUCUGUGGAAGAGAAGGGAGAGGAGAGCGCAGGCAACCAUACAGCGGAUGGAUCUUUUCGGAAACAAGCCAGCCGAUUCCUCACCAAGUGUCAGGAAGCUUUCAAGGCCAAGAACCAACAGGUGCAGGUGGGUGGCGAGAAGGUGUCUCGUGCAGUGGUGGCCCUGUUCACAGCUCUGGUGUGGCACUGCCAAGCACUGCGAGAAGAUACAGACAAGUUCUUGUCAGGCGGUGACCUCGGAGAGGUCACAGAAGGCAUCACGCAGGCGUAUGUGACUGCGGAAUCAGUGCGCCUGAACCUGACAAGUGAGCGACAGAAGUGGAAUAAUUCAGAGGACAGAACAGAUGACACUGACCCAGCGGAGGUUCUGACCGCAAAAGCCAGUUUUUUGCUCAAAUUUUCUGGACUGACCAAGAUGCAGAUGAGGAGUGAGAUGAGGUCCAAACUUCACAAACAGACGCUAAUGAAGAAAGCCGGGAAUGUGAGACCAGCUGUUGUUAGGAAUGAGAUAAUGGAGAAGUACCCGUCGUUCCGUCUGGUUAUGGAGUUUGUUCAGGACCCAGCUUGGACUGCACAAAGGGUCCAUCAACUGCUCCAGGAGCGUGUCCAGUUUGCCGGGGCUGUCAGUGAUGUCUUCAUGUAUGCAGCUGAGAUGAUUCGCAUCAUGUCUGCCCACAGCAGUCCCUUCCAGAUCCCCCUGGUGCUGUACUUUAGGGAGAUGUUGGCCUACCAGGAGAAAUUUGCCAAACAUUAUGCUCAUGGUCUUGAUGGCUGUGGCCUUGACCUCGAGGCAAAGGUGAGAUGUGCGUACUACAGCCUGGUCAGGCGUCUGGUGGAGAUGUUCCGCAGCCCCACGGUGUCACAGCAGUUGGACAGUAAACGGGUCCCAGCCUGUGACUUCCUCAAGUGCUGUCUGCUACACCUACUAGACGUGGAGUGGCAGCCCUACGACCUCAACUUUGUGGUGGACAUGGAACUGCCCCGGUUGUACAUGAGCAUUGCUAAAGAAACGGUCAAGAUGCGAGACCUUAACACUUCGGACGUGAAAGAGGAGGAUGAGCUGUUGCAGUACGACCUCUCCAUGAAGCUCUUCUCAGAGAUCAAGGAUGACUUCACCGAGUGGUUUGCACGACGACACAGCUGUAAUGAAGACAAGAAGGAGCUCAAGAUGUUUGUGGCUCGUUUCUCCGAUGUGAUUGAUGUGGAGAUCUCAUGUGACGGAUGCGGUGUGACCUUGCCCGGACGGCGCUACCGCUGCUUACAGUGUGACGACAUGGACCUCUGCACAUCCUGUUUCUCUUCUGGUGUGGAACCAGAAGAACAUCGAGAUGACCACGAGAUUGUUCACUUGGUGUACAAAUGCAACCACUGCCAAGCGUUCAUCGUGGGUACUCGGAUACACUGUAACCAGUGUGAUGACUUUGACCUCUGCCUUGGCUGUCACAUCAAGCAGAAGUUUCCCUCUGGUCACACGGAAAAGCAUGACAUCACAAAAAUACCCAUGGUCAAGUUAAAGACCAGCCAGUCCAGCAAUUCCUCCCUCAAGACCUACGUCCACCAGCAUGUGUGGAUGCUGUACACCUCCCUCACCUUGGCCUUGAGCGACAUCGUCUACGGCACAGAGCCUGGGGCCGCCUACCUGGACUCGGACUACAUCAAGAUGGCCGGCCUGCUCCAGCAACAGUGUGUUACCCAGGCCACCUUGUGUCUGGACCAUGUCACCAAGGAGAUAGAUGGUGAGGCAGAGAAGGAGGUCCCAGUGGAGAAACGUCGAGAGCAGACAUUUGCUAUCCACUCCCAGGAGAGGAUCAUGGGACUGCUCGGAGCAGUCAUGCCCAGUGGAGAACACAGAGAGAGAGUGGCUGGAACAGGCUUCAAUUUCUGGACCAAGGAUUUCCUUGACCGCUUUCUCCGGGUGUCCAGAGGGGAGAAUGGCUACGAGCUGAACACCCAGCACCUGGCCCUGAGACUUCUGGGCCGUCUCCUGGCCAAUGGGGAGAUCAAGGCCACCAAGAAAGACGAUGGUGGACAGGGGUCUGAGGACGAGGGUGCAGCAUUGCUGGGGGCAUCAGCAGAUGAGGUCAAGGCCAUCCCGUCCAAUGCUCAGAUCAUCUCCCGUCUUUUCUACUUUGGCACCAAGUCCUUUGAGAAACGGUGACUGUGUCUUCCAUCUUCCCCAUGUUCGUCAUUGCAGGAUUUCCUGAGGUACUGACCACUGGGACCCUGGUGGACUACAGCUCUAGUGUGGAGCCACAGCGUGGCGUGGUGCUCAAACAUUUCCCAGACAAGUACCAGACUCUGCUGGUGGACCUCAGGACUCGCAAGAGGCACACGGUGAAGGACCAGCAGGUGAGCUGUCGCGCUGAAGUGACGGAGAUCCUGGAGCAGGACACACUGGCCAAGUUUGUCAGCUUUGUCAUCGCCUCAGUGCAGCGCAUCAAGGCUGGAGAAGAGCUCUCGGUGGAAACGCUGUGGGUGGUCUCCCUCGCCCUCAAGGUCCUCAACCGCAGCCUGAAGAGUGAGGGCAUGUGUGGGGUGGGUGGGGCAGUGUUCACAGGCACCUUCAUGCAGGCCCUGGUCUACCUGGCCUGUACAGGGACUGGACUCAACCAGAACUGGAGGCAGAAAGAUCUGGAGGUUCUGUCCCUACUGCUGUACACCCAUGAUGGCUCAGCUCCCAAGAAGACCAAAAUCAGCCCACUAAAAGAAAAGAAGAAAAAGAAAGGAGGAGAUAAAGAAAAGAACGAGAAGAAGAGUGAUGAUAGCGAUGGGAUGAACAACGUGGAAGACGAUGAUGACGAUGAUGAUGACUCUGAUGAUGAGAUCUCGCUGAGCGACAGCGACAAGGACGACAAUGAUUCCAACGACGAUGAUGAUGAGCCUGGAUGGACAACCACCUCUGAUUCAGAUUACGAGGAUGCGGACGAAGAGCCUAACUCUACCGAGACACCACAGGACGAGGGGGCAAAGCAGUUAAUGGGUCAACAGGCGAAGGAAUUGCUGGAGGCCCUGCACCAAGAGCUGGCUAUCCCAGAGCCGGUGCUGGAAGCGCUGUGUGCGAUGAAUGAGGGUAGUCCAGAGGGCAUCAUCAAGUCCAUCCUGGAGAACUUUGGGGGCGACAGUGAGAAUGUCACGGAGUUCCUGACCAAGUGGAAAGCCAAACAGGCAGAGGCCCCAGAGAAGAAAGAGACCACGUCAGAGAAUGCAGCCAUUGACACGGGCAUUACAACGCAUGCCAACAUAGGGGAGACACACAGAAUCCCAGAAACAGCAACAGCUGAGGCAGGUGACAACCCCCAGGAUCUGUUCAAGCAGCAAGGCCUUUUGGAAGACGAGAUCGGAGAACGCAUGCGAAGUAAGAGUGCUGGACUGCUCAAGAGAGAGCUGGACAAACAUGGCCGCACUGGUUCUCGCGACUAUCUGGCCAAGGUGAACCUGGCCCUGACUGUGCUGUACGCACGUCACGCACUGACCAGCCUGCUGGCCUCCUGGCCCACGGACGGGCCGGCCAUCAACUCCAGCCUGCUUGGCUGCAAGGACGUGAAGCAGAUCCCCUGUGUGCUGGAUCUGCUCUACAAGAUUGACACACGCAACUUCAUCACAAAGGUGGUGGACAGAGUGAUCCACCAGUGCGACGCGGCCAGCCUGGUGCCCAUCGCUUACACCGCAGCACAGUUCAUGGAAGAGGUCACGCUGUCCGCCGUUAGCCGGGAGUCAGCUCAUCCGUACAGCAACCGCGACGACAAGAAGAAGGGACACAUCCAGUUGGCCGGGGCUCCCUACCUCACUGUUACUUUUGACAGCAAAUGUGCGACAUGUGAUGAGGAUGUCCUAACUUUCUCCACAAGACAGCAACUGGACAAAGAUGUGCACAAAUUCUCUGGACCCUUCCGUUCUACUUGGUCCUCCUUCCAUAUACCUGGUGACACCCUGUACUUCAAGUUCACCAUGAACGAGUACGCUGACUAUUUGCCCAGAUUUGGCUUCAAAUUCACCGUGAUGCCAGGUACCCGGGACAGCUUUGAGACGGGCCACGCCAUCCUGCAGGCCGUCCUCUCAUCAUCAGUGGCCAGGUCCCUCCCCCUGGGUCAGCUGUGGUCCAGCCUGGUGUACGUGGCUUGCAGACAGCCGGGCCUGCAGCGACUCAAGGCCAUCAGCCUCAUGAUCAAGAUCCUCACCCUACAGUCCCGGUCCGGCCCCAGCCAGGAGUCAUCUGGCCUGAGCAUUGACCUUCACCUUGUGAAGCCGCUGUGGGAGUUGUACCGCGGGAUGACAAGGGAGGGAGAGGAGGCCAACGUGGCCCAGCCUGCUGUAGUCCGUGCUCUCACCGAUCUCUUCCUGCACACAGAGAACCUGGCCAUGGAGUGGGAUGUUAGCGAGGCCUACAUCGUGGCCUUGAUGGAUGUCAGUGACGUCUGCUCCAGCAUUGUUCAGGGUCUGACCAAUGUGGCAGCCAUCGGUCAAAUGAUCGGUCACGAGAACGCAGCCACUGAAUUCAUCACCAAGAUCCGCUCCCUGAUGACAGACAGCAAGCUUAUGACUGCCCUUAAGGCUGAAAUCUCAAAGUCUUGAAAGAGCUCUCUUAACUAAGGGGUGUGGGGGUGGAGCCAUUUUGCAAGAUACUCAUCAAGAGACAGUGAAGAGUCCUCUGGCGUUGAUUUCUAUCAUCUGAUUUUUGUUUUUGCUUUGCUUUGUCCUUUCUUGUUUUGCCUAUUUUUAUUUUUUUUAAAUCACCAUUAUGACUUCGUUAGUGAUUUACUUUACAUGAUACAUUAAUGUUUGAGUUUGAAAAAUGUAUUAAACAUUGUGUUGUUAAUACUCAAGCGGCU